AUGAGUAAAGACCUCAUCUUAGUGCACCUUCCGUUCGGCCAACACUCCAAAUUGAACGUUCGUCGAGGAGAAACUCUCAGAGAUGCCAUCGCCAACAUCCUCACAAAGCGGCGAAUCAAACCAGAGCUCUGCACAGUCUGCGUAAGUGCGGAUCCGGACAGUUAUCAAGUUGAUCUGAAGCAGAGUUUGUCUCACUGCGCGCACAAAUACAAAGAGUUGUGGGUUCAUUCCGAUUGUUUGGAGUUGUUCAAGACCGUUCAUCACGAGUUUGUGCCAAAGAACUUCUUGGCAAUGACGUUGUGUGGAGUCUGUAACAAGAUGAUUUUGUUUCAUGUAAGUGGUUGUGAGCGUUGGAUCGAGAUGUCUUAAACAAUUUGCGAGUGUUUAACGCGUUUAUUUGGUCUUGUAGGGUUAUAGAUGUAACAGAUGUAAAUUCAACUUUCACACGAAAUGCUGGGGCCGGGUUCCUGCUCUUUGUGAGUCUGAUCAGCUCUCUUAUGAUGCAACCAGAGCCGAAUCCAUCAGGAAUAUUUGUGCCAGAUACGGACCCCAUGCUCGAAUGGCCACGACAGUUUUCGAAGCCUUGCUGCCUGCUGGAUGUAAGUGUUUUUUUAAACUCGUUGUUGUAUUACGCUUCCAUUAUGAUCUUUAAGGUCUUUUAUGUUAAUCGUGCUUUUAUUUUAGCUAGGAGUCUUGCCUCUUCUACUCCUACAUUAGACUUUGAUCGUUCCGCAUCUACACCAAAUAUUGCUGAUAAGGAUGAACUCAACGACUCGUCCGAUGUGUUGAGUUGUUCAAUUCAAAGUAAUGACAUUAAUGAAUCGUCGACUCCUCGAUCUGCUCCACCGAAGGAGUCCGGCAACUUCUUUCAUGAGAAGCAUAGGAAGCAUCAGAAGAAGAUAUCGGAGAGCAGCGAUUGGUUAUCUUCCUCAAAUAACAACCACCGUAGGAAGACUGACACUUGGGAGAUCAACUACAAGAAGGUAACUUUCCAAGGGAAGAUUGGCCAAGGCUCAUAUGGAACUGUUUACAAGGCUUAUUAUUUCGGUAACGUUUCGGAAAAGUUGCUAAUGUAAUUUUAGGCCCCGUAGCUGUGAAGAUGUUGAACAUUCAGCAUCCCAAUAUAAGUCAGUUGACGUCAUUUGAGAAUGAAAUUACACUGUUGAAGAAGGCUCGUCAUGGCAAUAUUCUGAACUUUGUCGGAGUCAUCCUGGAGCCCACCUUAUCCAUUGUGACUCAGUGGUGUCGCGGAUCUUCCUUGUUCCGACAUCUUCAUAUUCUAGAGGAUUCUCGCUUCGAAAUCACAGAUACUUUGGAUAUUGCGAAACAAACAGCCUUAGGAAUGGAUUACUUGCAUUCCAAAACAGUGCUCCAUAGGUAAUAUGGUGAAGGUUUAUAUUAACGAAGUCUUAGAGAUUUAAAAUCGAGUAACAUCUUUCUGACGGAGGGAAUGCGUGUGAAGAUUGGAGAUUUUGGAUUGGCCACUGUGCAAAACAUUAGCGAGAUGUCUUCUGAUAAUGCAUUAACACUGACGGGGUCGAUUUUAUGGAUGGUAUGUUAUCGUUCUACAGCUUGUAAAAAGAAAUCUGUUUAAGGCUCCAGAGGUGAUAAGAAUGAAAGAACCGAAUCCUUACAGUACCAAGUCGGAUAUUUACUCUUAUGGUGUUGUUCUGUACGAAUUACUAAGCGGUAAAUUACCUUACGAACAUAUCGAAAACCGAGAUCAAAUCUUAUUUUGUGUUGGAAGUGGGAUUCUGAGACCAAAUGCCGAGGAUAUCCAACACUAUGCUCCUACUUUGUUAAAGAAUCUCUUCGAAAGUUGUGUUUCCUUUAAACCAGAGCGAAGGCCAGAGUUCAGGGAGGUAAGUCUCCCAAUAGCUUUGUUUUAAUUGUAAUAUAGGUACUCAAAUUGCUGGAUAAUGUCCAUCUCGGACGUCUGAUUAAAUCGGCUACAGAAUCCAAUCUCAGCAAAAGUUUCAACGAUCUCCCAUAA